UUUACCGCUGCUCUGAUUAUCAUGAAGUUUGCGAUUCUCGUCGCCCUCACUGCUGUGGCCGCCGCGGCCCCUCAGAAUGGCUACUCUCUUCCGGACCCCUCCACAAGGGGCGUACUUGAGGUAGUUGAGGUCGUGCCCAUCCUGAGGGACGACCGAGUCCAAGAAGACGACGGCAGGUACAACUUCGACAUCGAGACUGGCGACGGCAUCACCGCCUCGGAAUCCGGCUCACCUGACGGCCCUGAGGGCGCUAUCGUUGUCUCUGGAAAGUACUCAUACACUGCUCCCGACGGUAGCUUGAUCGAGGUCACAUACGUCGCCAACGAGGACGGCUUCCAGCCCGAGGGUGACCACCUGCCAGUGGCUCCCGAAUUCCCUCAUGAGAUUCCCGAGUUCGUGCUCAGGCAGAUCGAAAAGGCAGCUGAGGAAGACGCUCUUGCCGCGGCGGAGACCAGAGACGCCGCACCUUCCCAGCUCUACCAGAGGCCACAGUAGACGCCAUCGAACAG